UGGUGGAGGAAUAAGAAUUGAGGAAAUAAACAGCACGAAGCUGGAGCCGAGAGCAAAAUAACUUUUUCUGCAGUUAAAGUCAAGUUCAUCCAGUUCUAGUUUAUCUAGAUCUUCUUUUAUAUUUUGUCCAACAUGGAUUCAGACUCAGCUAAAGACAUAAGAAUUGUCCUCCUGGGAAAAACUGGAGCUGGUAAAAGUGCAACAGGAAACACCAUCCUGGGAGAGAAGAAGAAGGCUUUCAAUGUCGACUUGUCUUCUUCAUCUGUGACUGAGAAAUGUCAAAAAGAAACUUGUCGCCUGGACGACAGAACAGUGACCAUCAUUGAUACUCCAGGGAUGUUUGACACAAAGCUCUCUAAGAAAGACUUAAAAACAGAAAUAGAGAAAUGUAUCAUGAUGUCUCUUCCUGGACCACAUAUAUUCCUGCUUGUCAUCAGGCUUGGUGUACGCUUUACAGCAGAGGAGAAGAAUACCAUAGAGUGGAUCACAGAAAACUUUGGUGAGGGAGUCUCAAAGUACACAGUUGUUGUUUUUACCUGGGGUGAUUUGCUCAAAGGCACCAUUGAGAACCAUUUGCAGAAAAGUGAGGAUCUGAAGAAGCUCAUUGGUGACUGUGAAGGUAGAUAUGUUGUGUUUAACAAUGAGAACAUUGGAAAUCGCACUCAGGUGAAUGAUCUAUUUGAGAUUAUAGAAAAGGUGGUAGAAUUAAAUGGAGGCCAUUAUACCAGCAAGAUUUACGAACAGGCCCAGAAUAAACUAUGGUGGGCUCAGGUUGGACAAGGUGUGGAGAAUGCAGGAAGUUGUUUAAUGUGGGCAGCAGCAGGAGCAGCUGCACCUGCAGUUGGUGGUGCAAUGAUGGCAGGGGAAGCUGUAGCUUUGUCAGCCACACAAAUGGCAGCACUAGGAGGUGCAGCAGUUAUGAAAGGUAUUGGAUGGUUAAUCACACCUAAAAAAGACAACAUCCAGGAGCCGCAGUCGGCGCUCUCCUCAGAGCCUGUUCCAGUCCAGGAGCCACAGUCGGCAGUCUCCUCUGAGCCUGUUCAAGAGCCGCUGAAGAGGGGAUGGGGUACCCCAUGGGGCUACCUACUGGAAUUGGGGCGUCAUCCUCCUGAGAAGCUGCAUGCCUCUGGCCCCACGGUCGACCUCCUGAUCGUCAGCUUCGCCUCCGGCCCCGCGGCAGACCCCCAGAUCGUCUACCUCGCCUCCGUCCCAACGGCCAACCUCCAGAACUUCUGCCACGCCUCCGGCCCCGCAGCCGGCCCCCGGAACGUCGGCCAUGCCUUCGGUCCCACGCCCGGCCACCUGAGACUCUGCCCCGCUGCCGACAUAAGAAUUGUCCUCCUGGGAAAAACUGGAGCUGGUAAAAGUUCAACAGGGAACACCAUCCUGGGAAGGAAGGCUUUUACUGCCGUCAAGUCUCCUUCAUCUGUAACUAAGGAAUGUCAAUCAGGAACUUGUCUCCUGAAUGACAGAACAGUGACCGUCAUCGAUACUCCGGGGAUGUUCGACACAAAGCUUACUGAGAAAGACUUAAAAACAGAAAUAGAGAAAUGUAUCAUGAUGUCUCUUCCUGGACCACAUAUAUUCCUGCUUGUCAUCAGUCUUGCUGAAGUCUUUACAGAAGAGGGGAAGAAUACCAUCAAGUGGAUCACGGCAAACUUUGGUGAGGGAGUCUCAAAGUACACAGUUGUUGUUUUCACCAGAGGUGAUGAGCUUGAAGGCACCAUUGAGAACUAUUUGAAAGAGAGUGAGGAUCUGGAGAAGCUCAUUAGUGACUGUGAAGGUAGAUAUGUUGUGUUUGAGAAUAAGAACAAUGGAAAUCGCACUCAGGUGAAUGAUCUCUUUGAGAUUAUGGACAAGGUGGUAGAAUUAAAUAGAGGUCAUUACACCAGCGAGAUUUACGAAAACGCCCAGAAGAAACUGUGGUGGGCUCAGGUUGGACAACGUGUGGAGAAUGCAGGAGGUUCUUUAAUGUUAGCAGCAGCAGGAGCAGCUGCACCUGCAGUUGGUGGUGCAAUGAUGGCAGGGGAAGCUGCAGCUUUGUCAGCCACACAAAUGGCAGCACUAGGAGGUGCCGCAGUUAUGAAAGAUUCAGAAGAAACCGAGGGAUCAGACCUCAGGAUGGUUCUGGUUGGCAGAACUGGAUCUCGAAAAAGUGCAACGGGAAACACCAUCUUAGGCAGGAGGGUUUUUAAGGCUGAACUGUCUUCUUCCUCUGUAACAUCAGCGUGUCAGAAGGAGAUGGGGCAGUUUGAAGGUCAGAUUCUGUCCGUGGUCGAUACUCCAGGUCUUUAUGGCACCUUUAACACGGAGGAGGAGCUGAAGAUGGAGAUCGGCCGAUGCAUCUCCUUCCUGGCUCCUGGUCCUCAUGUGUUCCUGGUUAUACUCCGUCCAGACAGAUUCACUAAUGAAGAACAAAAAACAGUUGAGCUAAUUCAGGAGGUCUUUGGAGAACGGUCGGCAGCGUACACCAUGGUGCUGUUCACUCGAGGAGAUGAGAUGGAGGAGGAGGGCAUCUCCAUGGAGAUGUUCAUUUCUAAAAAUCCAUCUCUCCGUUCGUUCGUCUCUCGCUGUGGUGGAAGAUAUCAUUUCUUCAACAACAAAAGAAACAAUCCUGAACAGGUCAGAGAGCUGCUGGAGAAGAUCAACAGGAUGAUCGAGAUGAAUGGAGAUGAAUACUACACCAAUGAUCUGUUAGAUAAGGCUGAGAAAGCCAUAAGAGAGAAGAUGGAAAAACUUAUGAGGAAGCACCCUGACAUGACGGUUGAUGAAGCACGAAGACGAGCAGAGCGCAAAAAUCCUGUCCUUAAACUUCUAGCAGCUGGAGUUGUGGGAGCUGGAGUGGGAGCUGGAGUGGGAGUGGGUGUAGAAGUGGCUGUUUUUGCAUCCAUUGGAGCUUUAGGGGGACCAGUAGGAGCAGCUGUUGGAGUGGGAGUUGGUCUGGCUGUAGCAGGUAUAGCAUUAGCAGUAAAGAAGAAUGGCUGUAAAAUCCAGGACUGCUGGUACCAAGUUCAGCCCAAACACGCCCAGUGGUCCGGUCCGUCUCCAGCUGCUGAGGAGGAGGACGGCCAUGAGGAGAUCUUUAGCGAUGCAGUAGGUCCCACAGGCAGCAGCAGCACAGAGCAGCAGAGCAGGCCGCUAGAAAUGGGCAUCACCAUUAAACUAACUAAUGACACCCCAUACACCUGGUACUUCUCAUAUGAAAAAGAUGGGAAUGGGAGCAGACUUGGGGCAAAUCGUACAGUGACUGGUACGUGGCCUUUAGGAUUUUCCUUGUUAAAGUACCCCUUCCGACUGUUUGAUGCUGUCUUGGAUAGAGGGAUCUACCUAAGCUAUGGAAACCACUCCAGCUGGGACCUCCGGUCUGAAAAUCGGAUUGAUGAUUUUACUAUAAGAGAGAGUGAUGAUCGGGAGGACUUUGAACUGGUCAACAGUUCUGAUGAGGUAGUCGACCGCUGUCCCAAUUAUGCAAGAAUUGCAGAAGAGAAACGAGAGAGAGAAGAACGCGAAAGACAGAAACGAGAAGACCAGCUCAGGAAGAAGGAAGAGGAGGAGAAGCGCCAGGCAGAGCUGGAGAGAAAGCUACAGGAAGAGGCAAAAAGAAGACAAGAACAGGUACGAGAAUGGGAGAAACAACAACGUGAGAGACAAGAACAAGAAUGGAGAGAACAGGAGAGACUAGAACGAGAACGACGAGAACGUGAGAGACAAGAACGAGAAUGGCGAGAACAGGAGAGACUAGAACGAGAACGGCGAGAACGUAAGAGACAAGAACGAGAAUGGAGAGAACAGGAGAGACUAGAACAAGAACGGCGGGAACGUAAGAGACAAGAACGAGAAUGGAGAGAACAGGAGAGACUAGAACGAGAACGACAAGAACGUAAGAGACAAGAACGAGAAUGGCGAGAACAGGAGAGACUAGAACGAGAACGACAAGAACGUAAGAGACAAGAACGAGAAUUGCGAGAACAACGAGAACUUGAACGAGAAUUGGAAAGACAAAGAAAGAAUUUGCAAAGAGAACUGCAGAAGAAAAGGCAAGAGGAGAGAAGACGCCAGGCAGAGCUUGAGCAAACCAGAAGAAUACAAGAGCUGAUUGAUUUGGAGAAUAAAGCCUCCAAGCAGAAAAUCAAAAAAGCUACUGAAAGACUUCAGGAAGACCAGCAAGUGAAAGAACAAGUACAGCAACAACAUCAGACUGAAGUUCUGCACCAGCUGUUGGAUGACCAUACAGCUCACAUUGAGAUGGAUGAGUUUGGAGAUGUGCAGCAAAGAUUUGAAAAACUUCUAUCAAGCUACCAAAUCACAGAGAGUGAAAAAACAAACAUUAGCCUUGAGGACAGAAUGAAGUCUCUCCAAAAUGAGCUACUAUCAAACUACCUAACGGAGCACAAUAUACCCAUCUGGUCACAGUGGGCUUUGGAUCAGGCCACUGGAUAUGUACACCUUUCCCUGACUGAGCGGUUUAGUGUCUUGGAGGCAGUGGUCAAGGUUACUCUAGAGGGCAUCCCUGACCUUGAGCCUGAGCCAAUAACUGGACAAGACAGAAAAAUCAAAUUUCUUCUCUGUUUGGAAGAUCAAUUGCAGAUUUCUAACCCAACUCUCGCUAGACAGGUUUUAGUUAACACUCUUGAAAUGACCUCAGUGCUGCCAAAGCAAAGCAAGGAAUUUCUCAGUCAAAUUCUUUUUAACAACAUUUGGACUUCGAAAGAAAUUAAACUCUUUAUUGGACGGACAAGAAGCAUGGAUCAGGACAAAGUCUCAAAAAUACUGCAGAUGAUAUGCACCUUUAGUCUAAGCUGCAUACAGGCUCUCAAAUCACUAAAGCACAAAGAUCCUCUAACAUAUUUACAAGACUGUAUAUCCUUUGAGAUGGACAAGGACCUUGAGAGUAUCUUGAGUGAAAUGAAAGAAAAUAAAUACCCAGAGCAUCUUCUCUCACAACUAGAAGAUAUUCUUCAAUAUGUUGGAGAAGUGUUGCCCAGAUGUAAAGGAGUGGAACUGGAGUCCGACUUGAUUGAAGACUGUAAAAAUUGGAUAGCUUCAAUAGAUUUUGAAAACCCCAACUACGAUAUGUUAAAGACCAUCCUCGUAGUCAUGUCCAUAGCUGUGAAGAAGUGCACAAACUUCAUCAGUGUAAGUGGAGAGGAAGUUCAGGGUUACUUCCCCAGGCUGACUCAGCUUGCAUCGCUACUGCUACUGCUGCUACCACAGUCCAAGGAUAAAAGUGGAUGCCUCCUGGAAAUUGGAACAGGCGAAGGUAAGACCUGCAUUCUAGCCAUGUUUGCCACAAUCCAGGCUAUACGAGGUACAGCAGUAGAUAUUGUGACAAGUUCCCCUUUGCUUGCAAUACGUGAUCAACAUGAGUGGAAGAAACUCUAUGAGGUAUUUGGUGUCACCUCAUCUACUGUUCCUCCACAGCAUCAUGCUAAAAGUUCAUUUGAAGAUCAUGACAAGCUACUUCAGGAAGCAUAUUCCAUGCAAAUAGUUUAUGGUACUGUUUGUACCUUUGCUGCAGAUGUACUGAGGCAAGAGUUUGAUAAGAAAAAGACCCGAGGACUGAGGAAGUUUGAUUGUGUGAUUGUGGAUGAAGUUGACUAUAUGACGCUGGACAGUGGAGUCCAGGUAACCUUCUUGUCACAUCAAGCCAAUGGACUGAGGCAUCUGGAACAAGUUCUUGCAAGCAUCUGGGCCAUAAUGUCUGCCUGCCGUCCAAUAGAAAUAUUUGAAACAGGUGAGAUCCAAUGGGGAACAAGGAUCCAGUACUGUCACAAGGUGGCCAAGCAGGCUGUGGUUGGUUUAGAAUCAGACUUUUCAGAAACUGACAUACUCUUACUGGGUGUGCAGCUAGGCCUUUAUUCAAAUGAGGAUUUCAAUGAAAUAAUUAAAGCAAUGAAUCAAACUCAGACAGAUGAUGAAAGCCUUGAAGAUGCCAAGAGAGAAGUUAUUGGACAAUUUAUGGCCAAGCUGGGACAUCGAGAGCAGUAUAAGCUGUUCACGGAGCUUGAGACAGCAGUGCUCGAUGGUGUGACAGUAGAUUGUUACUCACUUGUAAACAACAAAGCAAAGCUGUACUGUAAGGAAAAUUCUUCCAGAGAACCCGAUGUCCAAAUGCUUCUUCUUCAGAAAGGAUGUGCCUGUGAGAUCAUGUCUGAGAAAUCCCUUAUGGAAUCGACAGUUAAAGAACUGAACUCUAGACUUAAGUAUUCCAGUGAGUGUUCCUUAAACUCAGUGGAGAAAACUCAAGGAUGUAUUGUUAUACCAUCUUUCUUAAAAGAAUAUGUUGAAAAUCAAUUGCCGAUUUUUGUAGAGAAUGCCUUAAGAGCCAUUCAAAUGGCACCAGGAAGAGAGUACAUGAUUGAGAAGGCACCUGAAGCAGACAGACCCGGUUUCUGCUAUGAAAACACUCAUCAUUAUGAUGCCAUAAUUCCAGUGGACUUCCAGGCCAGCGGGGUACUGGAGAAAAAUAAGCGCUGGGGUGAAGGUCUGCAACAGUUUUUGGAGAUGAAACACCAACUGGCAGUUUCACAACUGACCAAUGUAACAAACUACAUGUCAAAUGUCCACUUCUUUAAAAAGUACCUCACUGACAAUGGCAUAUUUGGAGUCUCUGGGACGUUAGGAGGUGAAGCUGAGAAAGCUUUUCUAAAACGACAGUACAACACUGCCAGUUACAUCGUUCCACCUCACCGUCAUAAAAAGCGUAUAGAACUGCCAGCAGUUCAGGUGAGUGGAGGAAAAACUGAGUGGAUCCAGGUGAUCUGUGAAAGGACAUGGCAAGCUGCAGACCGAGGCCAAGUUGUUUUGAUUAUCUGUGAGGAUGUCAAGACUGCCGAGGAGCUAAGGAGUAGAGUAGAUGUUAAAGAACGACAACCUGCUAAGAUCACCAUGUAUACAUUAAGUACCAAGCACAACAUUGAAAAUGAAACCUUCAGAAAGGGACACAUCAUUAUUGCUACAAAUCUUGGAGGUCGAGGGACCGACAUACUUGUUCACCGAGAAGUCAAUGAGUGCGGAGGUCUGUUUGUGCUUCUCACAUACUUCUCCGGAAGUUAUCGUGUGGAGAGACAAGUAUUUGGACGCACUGCCCGCAAAGGAAACCCCGGGAUGGCGCAGAUGAUUCUCCACCAGGAUCUUCUUGCACCAGCAUACCAAGGCCAUUCAGUGGAAACCAUGAGACGACUCAGAGAGAAAUACGAAGAAAGACGUUUAGGCGGUAUGGAGGAAAAUGAACUGUUUCAAAUUGAAAUGAAGGAAAAUCUUUUUUCCACAUUUCUUGAAUUUCUCUCUGCCUUUGAUAACAACUACACAGAGGAGGAGAGAAUGGACAUCUCAAAGCUGAAGAUGAAAGAUCUUCCUGAGUGUUUUAAGAGCCAUCGUCAAAAGUUUGAUUAUGAGACGGCAAUUAAUGUUUUGAAAGAAUCAUGGGGCCUGUGGCUCAUCCUCCAUGAAGAGAAACUCAGGAAGCAUGAGGAUAUCAAUCUCAUGAAACAAAGCUUGAUCACAGAUCUAGAGACAAUUGCUGAUCAAAUCUUAAAGGGGAGAAGCAAAAACUUCUAUGAUUAUAUCAAAUUGGCAAAAAGUAGAACUUACCUUCACCGCAGCAACAGAAAGGAAAGUGACUUUGGAGCAUUAUGUUACUGGCAGAGUGCUGAGCAAUGUGAUCCUUUCUAUGGUGCUGUUGCAUUUUACAACCAGGCAUACAUCACAGUCAACCUGCAAAGGAGUGGCUACAAAGUUGAAGCAAAGCAGUUGUUAGAAAAAGCAAAGACUGCUGUAGAUGUGUACCUCUCAGAAUCAACAAACACAAUGAUGUUUUGCAGUCUUGCAGUCACUAAUGACUUUUUACCCCACCACAAAGAUAGUAACCUGCAGACCCAAAUGAAAGCCAGGAUGAAUGUCUUUAAAUGUUGGAAAGGAUACAUUGAAAAUGCCCUGAACACCCUCCAGCACAUUGAACAAAGUAAAGGAGAGCCAGUUUUAGAGGACUCCAGUGUUUACAGUCUUUCCAAAGACAAAGACCCCAUUACCACUAAUGAAUUAAUGGUACUUCAUGAAUUUGGCCUCUGCAUCGUUUUUGAGGUUAAAAAGAAGCCAGAGUUUUCAAUCGAUGCCUUUGCCUGUUUCUGUCUUGGAGUUCUCCAAGUAGCAUUAGGGGUUCUUGUUUGCACUCUGUCUUAUGGGAGUGCCAGUCAGUUUGGAUUUGGACUAAUCAGUGAAGGUGUUUCCGACAUGAUUCAUGGAAUAAAGGGGAUGCUACAAGGAGGCUUUGACUGGGCAGAGUGGGCAAUUGCCAAAGCUAUCAGCAUUGGAGUGUCUCUUGUCUUUGGUGGAUUGAGCAAACUGAGCAGAGCUGCAAGUGCUGUGAAAAGUGGGGCUAAAGGUCUGAUGACUGGGGCUAAAUGUAGCUCUGUGGUUACAGUGAAAGAGUGCUUUAAGCAUGCAGGGAAAUAUGCUUUUCAGGAACUUGGCAAGCAGGGUUGUGUCGCUGCUCUCAGCUAUGCUGUUAACAGUGGACUUACAGCGUUACUUGAAAAGAUCCUGAAUGAGGCUUUCAGGGACAAAGUCCAUGCGAUGAUUAAAUCUAAUGGCCGACUAGAUUCUGCUCUAACAAACUUCAUUUGUUCAGCAGUACCAAAAACUGCCAUUAAGGAGGGAUUCACUGACUUCAAAAUAGAUAUGCAAUGUGAGAAUGAAAUGCGUCUGUCAGUGGACAUUAUGACACGAGACAUAAUCCCUUGCCUGAUGAUGGACUGUACCCAGCUCAGCAAAGUUCUUGAUACACUUUCAGAUGUCUGUGGUUCUAUAACGCGUCGCAUGGAGAAGCAGAAAGAGAUGAAAUUGUUGAUGAAGGCUUUGGAAUCAGCUCAGUAUAUCAAACUUUGUGUGGAAAUAUUGCAGUCAGUUCCUACAAAAGAGAUCAUUGAUAAAACAUUUGUGCCCAAGUUGUUGAAAAGCAUGGAUCAGCUGCCACAGGAGAAGUAUGAUAAGGAUGGGAGACACACAUUAUCUGAUGUGAAGCGACUUAAGACAGACAUGCUCCAGAUUAUGGCUAAAAGUGUCUCAGAUUCAUUUGUUGAAGCUUGCUCACGACACAUGACCUCCAUCAUAACCAGAGCUGGCAUGACCAAAAUAAACAGUGCAGCUGGUACUGCUGUUGGCAACUUACUUGGUAGGGCUCACACCGAAAGUUUCUUUGACAAUCAGCUGCAUAAACACCAAAUGAGAAAGGUCUUCCAAAGCCCAUGUGCAUCUCUAUCAGAGGAGGAAAAACAGGAUCUUCACUGUUAUAUUGAGGAUAUUUGUGAUGUGGAUCAUCCUGCUUCAUCUUUGGACAUCCAUGUCCUCACUCAGAGUGAUGCUCUGAAUGCGAAAAUCAAAGGCAGAGGCAUCAGGGUGAUAGUUGUGGAUGCAGAUAAGAAGAAGCUCUCAGAGGAUUAUUUUCCAGGAAAAGACAGUUCUGCAGAAGACAUUGUCCUCCAACUGAAGAAAGAUCCAGAAACAACAAAACAGGGGCUCAUGAAACGGCUCGCUGGUGAAACACGGCCCUAUGGGGGCCAUUUUGAAAUUCUGAGGCCAGAUGGUUCUGUGGUCCCAGUGAACUCAGCAGGUCAGAACUGCUUGUAUCACGCCGUGGUUCAGGCAACGAGUGACAAUCCAGGUGAUCUGAGACAAGAGGCAGCGAACCUUCGAAACAAAGUAAAGGAAUCUCUCCUGCAUGACACACACAGCUAUGCCGCAGCUCUGAACCUGCAGAGAGGGUAUGAAGAAACGCACACAUCACCAGGGAAAUACAAGAUCAGCGGAGGAGGGAGAAAGACGCAACAAGCAAGCAGAGAAAAGUUCAGGGACAAAAUGAACACAACCGGGAUGGAGGACAUACCAGAAGAGGACAUCUCUGUCAUAAAAACCUACAACCUUGGUCUGGUUGGAAGCUUUGAUGAUAUCAAAGGUCUACGGAAGACGAACAGAUCGAACAUCGCAGCGAAUAACAACAAUAACACUUCUCCAGUGAAUGCAGAUCACAUCCCUCCUAAAAAUACCUUCCAGAUGGCUCAUGAGAUGCUCCAGAAACCAGAGAACCAAGACCUAAAGAAGAGCAUUGAAUCAAAGAACCUCAAACUUUAUGCCAUGAUUAAAAGGAAUGGUAAUGGUGGGCUCUGCAGAGAGGUUCUUACAGAGCAUCACCAUCAGGCCCUAACCACUGGCAACAGCAAAGGGUCCCAGAUAGUCAGGGAAAAGCUCACAGAAGUCCUGCUUUCUGGUGACGCUGAUAAACUGAUGAAGAUGUCCAUGAUAGUGGCCAACCCAGAGAUGUCCCAGUCUCUCAGGAGGGAUGCAGGAAUUCAGCAAAAGAAAGGAGUUGACUUCAUAUCCAAAGAGGCAACCAGGAGAUAUCAUGCCAUCGGGGAGAAACUGCUGUUGGAUAAAUACUGCGAGAUGGGAGUCAUUGAUCAGAAGACCAGAGAUGAUCUUCAUCAAUGGACCAAGGCAAAUCUUUACUCCAGGAAUUCACCAGAAUAUCAUGAACUGCUCAAAGAGCUUCAAUCACCUACAAGACGUCAACAGCAGCGUUAGAUGUGUUUUUACAUGUCAGACCAGAGGUGGAUAGUCCAGGUCAAGGAAGUAAAAAGCCUCUACAGGAAUCAGUCACAAGCAUUUGCAUUUCAAGCUCCACAACAAAGGAAUAGGGAGAAGGAAAACAAGGGUUUUUACUUCCUGGGGUUUAUCCACCUCUGUCCCAGACUCUUCUUUGGAUAUUUGUGGCACUAGUGGACUUUGACAAAGGUCAACAGACUGGGACUCACACCUGUGAUACUAGUGUUGAGUAAAAUGAGAGAAGGAAAGAUGUGUUAGCUCUGGCUGAGGUCAUCUAUAAAAGCAGUUAGGGAUCACAAAGAAAGGUUUAAAAGCUCCCUGAAUCCAAUCUGAAGUUCCUUCUCCUCUCUUUGUCUAUGGAUGCAGAUCUAUGUCAUACACAUUUUUUGCUUCUAAGUUAGACUGUGAAGGGAUCCAUUUUUUGCCUGCAAACCAAAAUUAGUGCUAUUAUAUUCUUCUACCAAAAGUGAUUUAGUUGAUUAAAUCAAAUGGUGCAUGUGAGGUAUGCAGACCCUGCCACUAGACCAAAUACUGCUUCUGUUGGUGAGACGUAUUGUGUUCACUUCCUGUUUUUACUGCGGAGCUGCGUUGUUGUUCAGGCUAUCUCUGUUGGAAUGAAGAUCUUUUUUUUCUGUGAUAUCUCUGUAACCCUAACUGUACAGAAGCACUUUAAAACAUAGCACCUUCUGCUACACUUCUCUACUGAGCACUUGUUGCUUUUACAUGCUGUUAUUUCUGGUAGAAAGGACUGACUAGCCUAGGCUAGCGCCAGCUUAGCAUCACUAUGGCUUCUCUCUGCUGAUCUCUAUUUAUUCAGUCAAUUGCUGAUAGCCCCAAAAAAUGAAGUAAUCGGCCGCCAUAUUGGUACUCCCCACUCCCACGGAGACGAGCCAUAGAAAUGCCUGCCUGUGUAGCAUCUGGCUGCAAAAACAAGCCUUUUUCUAGCUAUGGGAACCCAAUUCACAGGUAAAUUUACAGCCAGUGGAUGUACUAACUAAGAAAAUCCAAAUGUAUGCCAAUGUAUCCUAUAGUAUAAUAUGUAGAGUAACAUUAGUAUGGCUAUCUUAGCCAUUGACAUUGUUUAAAUAGAAAGUAGAGUAAACAUAAACUAAUUCAGUGUGAAAUGUCAAUGUAUUCUUCUUAAUUUUGUGGAUGACGCUGUCGUUUUUGUAGUGUUUGUUGUAUUUCUUUUUUGACAAAGUCAUUUGCUGAAAUAUAUUCAAUGUUAUGCUGAACUAAAACAUUUCACCCAUCUCUAUCUAUCUAUCUAUCUAUCUAUCUAUCUAUCUAUCU